CCUGCGCAGAGCUACACGCUAGAGGAACCCAUUGGCCAGUCAACGACGACUGAUCUGCCAUGAGACACCACGGAUGAUGUGGUUCUCGGCAAGACCCUCUCAGCCAUCCCAAUACAUAUAUUCCAGCUGCGAGAUGCCCAUCUUUUCCCAACUUCCAUCUCCUAUCAUACACAGUCUCAGUCGCGGACGGCCGGCCUAUCGAUAUAAUGGGGUGGUUGAGGAAGCUACGGGGCUCGAAGAAACGUGGCGACCACGAUUGCGAGCAGCUCGGGGAUCAAGAACACUCGCUGGACUCUGCUUCCUCAGAUGUACGGGGGGAAGGCCCGGGUGGAGCACAAGUAGCACCACUGGAGGAUACACCCAUUUCCUCAGAAGAACACCAGAGCAUCAUGAAGGAGCUGUAUAUCUCCUCGCACGCCACGCAGCAUUCGCGGUACACACCGCGAGCACCUCGCACAUGCGAAUGGCUCCUGCGGCACCAGACGUUCCAAGCGUGGAAGCGCCAGCGGCAAAGCUCCAGUCUCCUAUGGCUAUCCGGCUACCCCGGGAGUGGAAAAUCCACGCUCGCGGCAUUCCUUAUCGACGAGCUUCAGCAAACUGUCCCCGGCGGCGGAGACGCGGCAGAGACAGUGUGCUACUUUUUCUUCCAAGACUCCGAUUCGCAGCAGCGGAGCGCGGACCGCGCCAUGUGCGCUGUGCUUCACCAGCUGUUCACGGCGAAUCCGCGGCUGAGCCGACACGCUGCGCUCCAGGGCCAGGACCGGAACCGGAGUGGUCGCUUCCCCAGGGAGUUCGCAGCGCUGUGGAAUGUACUCCUGGACGCUGUGAAUGAUCCGCUGUGUGGCGAUGUUCUGUGCGUCCUGGACGGACUGGACGAGUGCGAGGAGGCGUCGCAGACGGAGUUGAUCGAAGCACUCGUCAAGUGGUACACGAUAGCCACAGCAGCCACAGCGGGCCCCGGAUCUUUAAAAUUCCUGCUGACGAGCCGGCCCUCUCGCACGAUAGAACGUCAUUUCUUUUCCUUCCCGAAGAUCCGGCUGAAGGCCGAGGUCGAGUCCACUCGGAAGGAUAUCGCAGCGCUGAUCAGGUGUCGGAUGGAGGGCGUUCCCGAGUUCCGCGGGCCCGGACUCGGACUCGACGAUGCGUCCAGGACUGAGAUCGAGGACAAGCUUGUCCGCAACGCGCAGGGAAACUUCCUCUGGGUGGAUCUAGUUCUGGGCCUGAUCGCGGACAGCGCGCGGGAGUCGGCAGAAGCUCUGCGCGCGAUCGUCGACAAGCCGCCGGCUACGCUGGACGCCGUCUACGAGCGGAUCCUAUCCUCCAGCUCCAAUGCCGCCGCUACACGCAGGCUGCUGCACAUAAUCUCGGCGGCUAAGCGGCCUCUUUCGCUCGAGGAGCUUCACGCUGCAUUCACCACCACCCAGCCUUCCGACCGGGCACCCGCACUAUCGCCGCACACAUCCCCACCCCACGCAAUCCAGAUCCGCCAGCUCUGCAGCCACUUCAUCCUUAUCAUCGACUCGCGCGUCCACCUCAUCCACCACACCGCAAAAGACUUCCUCUGCCACCCUGUGGCCACAAUCUCGCCCGCGCAGACACAGGGGGUGUGGAAGCACUCUUUCCACCCCGUGGAGUCGCAUCGCAUCUUGACGCUCGUCUGCGUCUCGAUUCUCGGAUCCGAGGAUACAGAGAAUACAGAGGAUACAGAGCAUGAGAAUGAGAUUGAGAAGCGGCCGCUCAUGGAUUAUGCACAUAGAUACUGGCGGGAACAUGCCCGCCUCGCGAAUCCGGAGGAUGAUGAGAUGCUGCUGGGGGCGAUUAAACGGCUGGGGAGGGGUUGAGAACUGGGUUGAGGCGAGGUGCGGAGAGGAGGAGGAUGCGGCGGCGAGGAAAGUGGGGGCACAGCGGGUGCCGCUCGAGAAGGAAUACGAGAAGAGGUAUCAGCAGUGGUAUUUGGCGAGUUUGGAGUUUGGUGAUAAAGUAGCAUAGGUUUUGUUUAAGCAUUGUUGCAUUCGACAUUAUUAUACCUAUUAGAUCAUGGCAGUUA